AUGGACUGCUGCAACUACGUCGAGGCUUACGCGGCAGGGAGCCACUUUUAUCAACAACAACAUUACUUUUGCUAUGAUAACGCGAACACCGAUUACGGUGGCUAUGAACCGCCGCCGAUUUCCAGCGCGAUCGAAACUACUGCGCGAUACAACGGGACUGUACCACCUGCGUAUCCGACAGAUUACGUGUAUAAUCCGAAGGAGGCGAGGCUGCGGAAGGCGAUGCGCGAACAGAGUCGCGAGCUAUCCAGGCGAUCGAUCUUGCAGAGCGCGAUCGCUCGAGCGGGCGUGAUCGCUGGUCCAGUCACAUCCGGCGGUUUCCUAGAUCAUCAGCAUCGUUUUGGUUGCGUGUCCACAGUCAACUUGCCUAUGAAUUCAUCCGUGGAAUCGGAUCGAGCCACGGAACCGUGGUUCCAGUCCACGUCUCGUCCAAAGCCGAUCCAUUCGCCCCGAAUGACCGAUUGGUACGGCAACGUGACUGAUCCUAUCGAAAGACUGCAAGUAAUGGGUGCGAUGCAUCAGCGUGGCCUCGAUAAAUGCAAAGACGUGAUGAGGAAUCAGGCUGCGGCCAGCGUAACCAAUACCGUGGCCGCUGAAUGCGGUGCUACAUUUUCAAAUAACGGAUAUCCGGUUGAUUUCACCGAUGUUAGUCGGGAAAGGGACUUACGCCGCCAAGAGAAUAUGGAGUACAGCGAAUUUCCUGAUAGUCAAAAGUGGCAUCCUUAUCAGAAUGGCGAAGGUGCUCAUCAACAUCCCAGAACUUCUCAUCCUUCUCAGAUGAGCAACAUUCUUCACCCAAACAUUCAGAGUCCAGGUUCACACGGACACGAACCAUGGGGUCAAUUUUGUCAUGGCGUGCUGCCACACACUCCGCCUAUGCCUCGAAACGUUGGAGUCCGUGGGGCGCGACACACUCUGCUGUUACAGGAUCGCAUGCCCCCUAGACACUGUGAGUUUUCCGAGGAAGCACCGCGAAUGAUGUAUCAUCCAACUAAGCUCGAUAUCGAGAACGUACGAGCAUCGUACACGCCCUCUGAACACCAGAUGCCGAGAUUACUUGAAACCUCAGUAAAUUCUAUCGUGGAUUCUGCGUCCACAAUAAGGAUUCGUCGUGAGGAUGAUGGCCCCAGGUGGGAGCCAAGCACUAUGAAUAACAGAAUGUCUAUGGAUAAUCUAGUUCCAACAACGGAAUCUAGUAUAUCACGCGAUAAAGAACACGAAUCUCGUCGAUCAGCUGAAAGAUUCGAGCCAAAGAAGAAGAGCGUCAGUAAGCAACCGUUGCCUGGUUUUCACCAAGCAUUCGGUUCGACGGAGAUUGGCAGGUUCUCCAGAUCGGAGUUUUUCGUGAACAUGGUGGGCGAGAGCGGCGGAAACAUGGAAGUCGCCGACACGGAAAGUAUUACCGUAAGUACGGAUCGUAUGUCAGAGGUAAACGGAUCGACAGUGACCACUGCGACGCACGGUACGUCGGUAAUUACUACGACCGCGACGACGACCGUUAGGUCUUUCGACGGCGACGAAAGCGAGGAGGCAAGUUUCGACGAGUCGAACAACGACCUCGUCGCUCCGACGUCGAUGGGUAUGUAUUGCAGCCAACCAAGUAUUCCUCGUUGGCAUAGACCUCACAUAGGCGCUAUAGGUAGCGAAAUUUAAAGCAAAUCAUCAAUUCUUUCGCGGGCUAACGUGUUUCCCAAUUGAAAGUCUGAUGGAAGGGAACUAUGUAAUUCUAAUCAUUUUCAAAAGUGCGAGUAUGCCACUGGAGCAUUUUCUCUCGCAAUUUUCUUUCUGGAUACAGUGGUUUAUGAAAGAAUUUUGAACUGUUGCGUCCAAAAGAACGAAGGAAGAGCGACUGAACAAAUCUCUACAUUAUGUGAUGUAUACGUAGAUAUUUGCAAAACUUGAUCAAACGUAUUUUCAACCUUGUGUGUAUGAUUCAAUUAUGAAUGGAGUUGCUCUUUGCCAUGGAAUUUUUUUACGAGUCUACGAAUGCUGCGUUUAUUUAUAGAUUCUAAUUAGCCCCCGAAAGGAAUUAGCAAUUCAUCAAGGACGCGAAUUGCGUCCAGUUGUCUGUAGGAUUAAAUUAUUCCCUCCGAUGUUCAAGUUACCCGAUAAUAUUCUGUACGUGGAGAGAGAAUCGUCUGUUAUUCGUAAUUGAUAACUCUCAGCUAACUUGUUCGAAUCGAUUUCGCGAGUAAGACAAAUUUCUCCAAUUUGUACAAACAUUACGCGUUAGACUUUGACUCGCCGGGGAAUAUAAAUGGCGUACGAAACAUCCCGGCAAACUGCACACACGUUUGUCGAGAUUGUGCCUUUAAGAGAUCUGUGGAGCUAUUAAAGGUCUUCAAAAUUUUUGAUCGAAUCAAAAAUAUAAAAUCAAAAGCAGCACGAUAUUCGCGGGUCUCGUACGUCAACUAUUAAGUUGAGCAACUUACAUCGAUGUAUUAUAUUGAAAGGCUAGAAAUUUUGGCGAAAGAGAUAUCUCAUAUCAUCUUUAAAAACAAACGACCUUUUUCUUCGACGCGAAAAGUAUUUCAAAAAUACUAAAUAUUGUUUAAAGUAUUUUUUUUAAUAGCAAAUUUAUUCUGAUAACACAAAGACGUUGUAAAAUAUAAAGAAUUUUGUGGGUUGCUCAAACUUGGUAAAGAAAUAUAAUCAAAAUGUGUCGAUGGAAGUAUUUAAUCGGCACCUUCCAUCAAGUUGUUAGAUAUCGCCGAUGAUACACUGAGAUUAGUGUACCGACGAUGAAUUAUAUGAUUAUAUUAAAUAUAUAUUUAAAAAAGUAAAUAUAUAUAUAUAUAUACAUGUAUAUAUAUAUAUAUAUUGUACUUAUAUGUAUAAUGGAGGAACGAAAACGCGCGACGAAAAGGUAUUUAAGUUAUUUAGUAGAAUAUUUAGACGACACGUAUUGCUGCGCGGAGAAACGUAUGAAUAAAAGUGAACAUUAAUAUCGCGAACGUAGGAAGUCGAGAAACCGACGAAAUACACACCGUUCCGCUAUUGAAAAAUAUGUUUUUCCUGAGGGGGAUGCACGGUAUUUUUGCAUUUGGAACUCCUUUUAUUUCUUCACUGCAAAAUAAUAUGAAAUAUUUCAAAAAUACAAGAAGACAAAUAUCGCAACUUCGGUAUGUUAAUGCAUUAAAAGAUAAGGAAAAAGGUUGGAUUGUAUAAGAGAAGUUUGUAAGUUAAGACUGUAGACAGUAAGACUGUAGUUAUAAUGUAAACUCAAAAAUAUGGCAUGUAAUUUAUUGAAACUUUUUUAUAUAUCCAUUUUAACGUACGUUUAAUAUUCGAUUUAUUAUAGUAACUUUGGGACCUUUGGAAAAUAUACCUAGAAAGAAAAAAUGUUUUUAGAAUCUACGCAUUAACGUUCUGACAAGUGCGAUAUUGUAUAGAAAAAUGCAAAGUUCACCUUAUUAAUUAUGUUCUUCUUAUAUGUGACAUUCAUACUUUUGCUGUUCAAUUUCUAUUUCAUUAGAACUUAUGUUUCAUUAAAUUUAAAAAUUGUUCUCAUGUAAGAAACGAUCUUCGAUAUUGUCUUGAGUGAGAAUGAAAUAUUUUUUAUUAUUUCUAUUUUUCUUUUCUUUUCGAUCGAGUUCUGAGUCCCGUGCAGGCACCUAUGACUCGUGUUGAUUGAUCUAUCGGUACAUCGACUUAACAUAAUUCGUGCCAGCUACCCUGUACCUAUAAUGGGACCAAAUUAAAAGAGAAGCUUUUAUUUCGCGUUCACCGUCGCGCUUACGUCCCGCGUAUUUUAUCGUGUAUGAAAACCUUCCCCCGUUCCGUUCGAUCGAUUGCCUCGAACAAGAGGCAAAAAUUUGUAUUGAAACGUGGAAUGUUCUUUAACACGUUCGAUGUUAUUUCAAGCAAAUGGUUAUUAACGAUCUAUUUAAAAAUUGCACUGAAUUGCCUUCAAUUAUAUUUCAGUCUUUUAUCUUCAACUGUACCAAAAUCAAUGAUAGAAAUUAGAAUUUUUAAUGUAAUGAAGAUAACUUUAAAUGUAGAAAUGUUUAAUUUUUUCUUUGCCUCGAAUUCUGUAAAUUUUUUUUUCUAACGCUAUUUUAAAUUGAUUUGCGUACUAAGAUGCUUCAUUUACCAUGACAUGGAGCGUGUUAAUUGAAAAUUCACGUGAAAGUAAACGAAUUCACGAGGAACGUGUUGUGCUGUUUAGCAAGAUGAAUUAGUGUUCCAUCGAUCAAAUACAUUGUUUAAAUAUCGUGUGAUCAUCGUUUAUAAUGAAUAUCGUUCGAGCGUAAUAGAAAUACUUAACGAUGGUAAUUCAACAUUCGACUUUUUUGUUCUUGGACGUAUAGAAACGUUCAAGAAGCAUGGAAUGAUGUAAAUGCUGUGAUUUGUUUUAAAAUUAAACGAGCGUAGUUUAUAGUGGUACACAGUGGGGGAACGCUGAAUAUCGUCGCGACGUGAGGAAAGGCGAGUUGUGAUAAAAAGAGAAAAAAAUUCUGUAAGAAAUUUUGACGAUACACGUAAUUGUCUGUCUAGUACGAUCGAUCAUCGGGGCCCUCUUGCACAAUGAAACUAAUGUUAUUAGCGGAAUUUUACAAGUUAUCGGUGUGGAUAAAUUCUUUAACACAGUAGCAACAAGAUUUGUGUUAAAACGAGUAAAGUGUCAAUUUUGCAAAUUGUAAGCCAAUCAAUUGCCCUACUUGACGUAAUGCUAUAAAAGUAUGCAACAAAAGUUUUUAAUCUUUACAACUUAUCACUUGUAAGUUCGCUAAUGUUAUUGAUUAGAUUAUCGUGCAUGAGAGCUCAGUUGUUUUAACUUUUGGAUUAUUAGUAAGAGCACAAACCACUCCAACGAGGUCCAAUCUUUCGAAACGUUUCGUCAUUAAAGAAAUUUAGGGAUAGUCGAAGAAAAAUCCUUUCGCUGUGCGGUGUAUACUUCCAUAAUUUAUUUCACAUUUUAACUCUUCAAAUUUUAUUAAUGUAAGAUAUUUAUAUUUAUUAGUAUAAAUAUGACUACGAAGAAAUGCAGCGAUAGUAGGGGGAGGGGAGGAGGAAAUCUUUCACUAUAUUAUUAUACGUCUGUAUAAUGAACUUCAAGUUCGAACAGCGAUAAAAGAUGGACCUAAUACAGCAGGAAAUUGCCAGCAUCUCGUGGAUGGAACAAAAGUUAAGACAACCGAGGAAGUUACUUGGAUUCUAUCACGCCAACCUCGUCGUCUCCAAAACGUGAAUCCUAUGACGAAAUUUUAGCGAUGCGUUAAUUACUUGGAAAUUUUAAUAAUUUUGUUACUUUAUUGACUUGUCUUGUUGGCGAUGCAGACUGUAACAUAGAAUUAUGACUUACACGUCUUACGAUUAAGGACGAAUAAACCAUAAUCCACGUUUCAUUAUUGGCAACGAUAUUAAACGUAGAGGUAGAACUGGUAAAAAAGAAGGAGAGGAGGAGGAAAACAAAAAAAAAAAUGUUCAGUCAGUGAUAGAAGAACAAAAAGAAAGGAAAGAACAACGUGAAAAUGAUUGCGACUAACAGGAAAACGUAACCCGUAUUAUAACUCGUAAACGACUUUCUGUCUAAUUAUUAG